AUGUCCUUGAGUGACGAGAGAGAAGAGAACAUCUUGCAGUUGUGGUCAUGGUUUGUGGGUGGAGAGUUGAAUAUCUGUUACAAUGCUGUAGAUCGUCAUGUUGAGAAUGGACGAGGAGACCAAAUUGCCGUUAUUUAUGACAGCCCUGUGACAAAUACCAAAGAGAAAAUAACAUAUAAGGAACUUCUUGAACAGGUCUCCAAGUUAGCUGAUGUCAUGGUCAGACAUGGUGUGAAGAAAGGAGAUCGUGUGGUCAUCUACAUGCCCAUGAUUCCACAGACUGUGUACUGUAUGCUGGCUUGUGCAAGAAUAGGAGCCAUCCAUAGCCUGAUUUUUGGUGGAUUUGCAUCUAAAGAACUUUCUGUUCGCAUUGAUCAUGCAAAGCCGAAACUUAUUGUAACAGCAAGUUUUGGAAUAGAACCGAAAAGGAAAGUGGAAUACAUAUCCCUCCUAGAAGGAGCAUUGGCAAGGGUACAGAGCCAACCUGAUAAAGUUCUCAUUUACAAGCGACCUAAUCUGGGCCAUGUUCCUCUUGCCCCAGGUCGUGAUCUUGACUGGGAAGAAGAGCUUGCAAAAGCACAGUGUUAUAGAUGCGUCUCCGUUCCCUCAGACCAUCCCCUUUAUAUUCUGUAUACAUCUGGAACAACAGGCUUGCCCAAGGGUGUUGUCAGACCAACAGGUGGCUAUGCAGUUAUGCUGAACUGGACAAUGUCAGCUGUAUAUGGACUCAAACCUGGUGAGGUGUGGUGGGCAGCUUCUGAUUUAGGCUGGGUUGUUGGUCAUUCCUACAUUUGCUAUGGGCCUCUUCUUCAUGGGAAUACUACGGUUUUGUAUGAGGGAAAGCCUGUGGGAACGCCAGAUGCUGGUGCCUAUUUCCGUGUGCUAGCAGAGCAUGAAGUAGCUGCCUUCUUUACUUCACCAACUGCAAUUAGAGCAAUCCGUCAGCAGGACCCUGAGGCAGCCUUGGGAAAGCAGUACUCUCUGAAAAGGUUCAGAACGUUAUUUGUAGCUGGUGAGCACUGUGAUGUGGACACACUAGAAUGGUCAAAAAAGGUCUUCAAGGUACCUGUCUUGGACCACUGGUGGCAAACUGAAUCUGGUUCAGCAAUUACUGCUUCCUGUAUUGGUUUGGGGAACUCUACAACACCUCCACCCGGACAGGCAGGAAAACCAGUGCCAGGAUACAACGUGAUGAUUCUGGAUGAAAAUAAGGAACCAGUGAAGGCGAAGACUUUAGGAAAUAUUGUGGUAAAGUUGCCUUUGCCUCCUGGAGCGUUCUCAGGCCUUUGGAAAAAUCAGGAAACAUUCCAGAAGUUAUAUUUCCAAAAAUUUCCAGGAUAUUAUGAUACUAUGGAUGCAGGUUACAUGGAUGAAGAUGGCUAUUUAUAUGUCCUGUCUCGAGCUGAUGAUGUGAUCAAUGUUGCUGGACACAGAAUUUCAGCAGGCGCAAUUGAAGAGUGUGUUCUGUUCCAUCACGCUGUGGCAGACUGUGCUGUUGUGGGCCAGGAGGAUCCUUUGAAAGGACACGUUCCAUUUGCGCUGUGCGUACUGAGAGAAGGAAUAAAGACAGAAGAAGAGAAGAUUUUGGAAGAGAUUGUUGAGCGAGUUAGAACUAACAUUGGUCCAGUAGCGGCUUUCCAGAAGGGGGUGUUUGUGAAACAGCUACCAAAAACACGCUCUGGCAAGAUACCACGUUCAGCUCUUUCUGCACUUGUCAGUGGAAAGCCAUAUAAGAUAACACCGACCAUUGAAGAUGCUAGCGUGUUUAAACACAUUGAGGAAGUGCUAAAGAAAAAGUAAAUGAGAUAAUAUGUUGAUAACAAACAUGUCAAUUACUGAAGUAUACAAAGACACUUUCUGUUAGGAAACAC